GCGCGCUGAGGCGGCGGGAGCGGCGGCCGCGGCGCAGCGGGAGCGGAGCGGGGGAUGUGCUAUGGCCAUUACUCUGGCCAAAUCCGACACUAUCGACCUGACUGCUUUUGGAGAAGAGCUGGCCUUCUUUCACCUGCUGGGUCUUGGAAUCUCUGAAAAUGCACGGCUGGCUAAAGGAGGAAUUGAUACCUGUGAGGUGUGGUGCAGUCACCCCGUGGAGAAAUUAAAGGAGUAUUGCAACGUGGUCAAAAUCAAAAUGUUUUGGUCUCUGCUCUUCAGCAGGAAAAGCAUUACCUUUGCAGAUGAGUUUAGUUCGCUGUUCAUGGGUUGGAACGUGGAUGCCAUCUGGGAGUUCAACGUUUUGGAAGACCUUGUUGAUUUAAUUAAAAAAGUUGUCAACAUCCCGCACUUCAUCAGUGGCGUCCUGAGGAUCGGCAGCGGCAUAGAAAAUGGUUUCUUCCACCUGGAGGAGGCCGUGGACUGGAUCCGGUGCGUGGGCGACUCCGGCAUGCUGCACAACCUAGAGCAGCUCGCCGACUCCGGCCGCGUCAAAGUCGAGGUCAUUUUUGCUGAGU